CAUUUGUAUCGCUCUUUACGAUUACACUGCUCAAAACGACGAUGAAUUAUCCUUUAAAGAAGAUGACAUACUUUAUAUUUUAGAAAAUGACGACGAUGAAUGGUGGAAGGCGAAAUUAAAAAUCGAAAAAAAUGGUGAUGAAAAUACUUCUGAGGGUCCGAUCGGAAUUGCUGAAUGUACAAGUGUUUUGAAAGCUAUUUAUGAUUACGAAGCUCAGUCUGACGAAGAAUUGUCAUUUAAAGAAGACGAUAUAUGUUAUUUAUAUGACAAAGAUGAUCCUGACUGGUACUUGGUUAAAUUCAACGAUAUAUUUGGUUUUGUGCCGGCAAAUUAUGUCGAAGAGACGUCAUUUGAUUCUGAGGAACAAGAACUACAAGAAAACCAAGAAUCGAAGAAAAAGAUGUCUCUAUUUGACGCUUUGUCGAGUGCAUCCGAAGACAAAUAUGUGGAUCCAUUACAACUAUAUGCUCGUAAAGUUGCUACUCAAAAAAGUGGUACAUCAUCUUCGGCACUCGACGUUAAAACGUGGUCUGUUUCGGAAGUCAUUGUUAUUGAUAAGAAAAAGAAGAAAAAGAAGGGUAAACUUAGUAUCGGAGGAGAAAAUGUGUAUUAUGCGAGUGAAACAGACAAGACUCCAGUUCAACAUUGGAAUAUUAGUGAUUUGAAAGAUAUAAAGUAUGAGAAAAAGAAUGUUACAAUAACAUUUGGCGGUGCGAAAUCUGCGACAUUCAAUUUCCAGGCAGCAAGUAAAAAUGAUGCAGAAGCUAUUUAUCGACAAUCUAUAGAAUGCAUUGCAAGUUUAGAAUUGCCAACCGUUAAUAUUGAUACAAACUCUAUAAAAUCACCUUCAUAUCCACCACGACCUUCUUCAACGCAUGAUAACCAAGAUGCUGAAGAAACUGAUUCACAAGCUGAUGUUGAGGAAAAUGAAGUUGAAGAAGUUAAUGAAGUUGAGGAGGUUAAUGAAAUGGAGUUGCCACCACCAAAAGUUGGUAUUGCGUUAUAUGAUUUUGAUGCUCAAGGUGACGAUGAGAUCUCUAUUUGCGAAGGUGAUGAAGUAUGGGUUAUUGAUGAUGUUAGUAGCAAUGAAUGGUGGAAAUGUCGUAAAGGUGAUGAGGAAGGCAUGGUACCCUCCUCUUAUAUUGAAAUACGGAAUGAAGAUUAUAAUGCUGAUCAAGAUGUUGAUCAAGAUGCUGAUCAAGAUGCUGAUCAAGAUGCUGAUCAAGCUACCGAGGAGGAGCGUCAACAGUUAGAAGAACAGCGAAGGGUAGAGGAGGAACGUUUAAGAAAAGAGAAAGAACGUCAAAGAAUGGAGGAAGAACGUCAGAGAAAGGAGAAGGAACGUCAGAGGAAGGAGGAAGAACGUCAACGUAAGGAGGAGGAACGUCAAAGGAAGGAGGAAGAACGUCGCCGGCGUGAAGAAAAUGAAAGAAAGCGUAAAGAAUCAGAAAAACGUUUAUUGGAAGAAAACAAACGAAUGCAGGAAUUCGAGUCUUCACCGUCACCACCGCCACAACCGCCAUCAUUACCAACUCGUCCGCCUGCUAAAACGAAACUCUCUUCAGACGAAGCAGCCAUAAAGAAAAUUCAAACUCCAACAAAUCGUAUAUUGCCCGAUAGACCUGCUCAAGCUCAAUCAAAAAAUAAACCACUUCCAUCAAAUACUAGAACUUGGAAAGAUCGAACUGGUUCAUUCCAAGUUGAAGCUGAAUUUCUUCAACUUGUUGACGGCAAGGUACAUCUCCAUAAACUUAAUGGUAUAAAAAUUGCAGUUCCAAUGGAUCGAAUGAGCAAAAAGGACAUUGCAUAUCUUGAAGAGGUGACUGGAGGAAAAUUAGAUGAUAAAUCUGAUAAAUCUGAUAACAUACCUUUGGCUGCCAUUGUUGCUGGACAUAAAGGCAAGGCAACCUUAACGAAAAGUAAACUUGAAUAUGAUUGGUUUGACUUCUUUCUCAAGGCUGAUAUUACACAUGAUGACGCAUUCAACUACGCCAAAGUAUUUAUCAGUGAAAAUAUGGAUGAAAGUUCAAUAUAUAAUUUAGAUCGCAAUGUAAUGAAAGAGCUUGGUUUGAAGGAAGGAGAUAUAAUUCGGGUAAUAAAUUAUAUUACCAAAAAUUAUACGUCUACUAAGAAAACUUCUACUAAUGGAAGUAAAGAAAGAGAAAGGAAGGAUAGGGAAUUAGCCAAAAAAAUUCAGUCUGAAGAACUCGAAAAAACACAAAAAUUGUCGGAAUUUGACGUAAAGAUGCAACUGAAGCGUGAUGAGCAAUUAGCCAGAGAGCUUCAAGAGGAAGAAAAUAAAAUAGCACGUAGUGAAGGACGACCGAUUCCGAAAUCUGCCGAUUUGUAUGGCAAAGGAACUUUAGAGUCAGUCAUUCAACGGGAUGAUAAAUCAGUGCCUAAAACUCCUCCACUACUUUUUUCUGAAAACAAUGGUGUUUUGAAAAACAACACAAAAAAAACACGCCCUAUGCCCACAAAAACAGCACCAAUACAAGUUGAUGCGAAAAGUUUUGUAAAUACUAAAGAUCAGGUGGACGCUGCUUUUAAGCCAUCUUCAAAUUCAUCGUCUUCUACUGCACAGAAAUUUGACGAUGAUGCUUGGAAAAUAACUGACAAAACUCCUGCACUAAUACCUACUUCCACGGCGGUAUCACCUCCACCACCUCCACCGCCUCCUCCAGCAGUCACACCAAAUCUUCCUUCCCAAUUUCUGUUACAGCAAAAUUUAAUUCAAAAUCAAGCCUCACAAGCUCCACCACCCCCGCCACCCCCACAACCAAGGGUUGUUCCAUUGAAUUCUACCCUUCAUCAACCUUUAAUUCCAGUUAAAUCCGGAAAUCCUUUGCAAUUUACUACGCAAUUUAAUUCAACUCCAAAUAUGAAUGCUUUUAGUACACCGCCUAUAAAUAAUUUCCCAAAUGCAACGGUUCAAUAUCAACAAACUUUCCAAUAUCAAACAACGUCAUUUUAUCAACCCACCCAAAAUCCGCAACAACAGACAAAUUCGUCAUUUUAUGACCCUAAAAAUGUGUUUGCCUCUAUGAAGACUGGACAAAUCGGGCCAAAAGCACCACCGAGUGAUUUAGGGACUAAUGCAUCAACUGACAGAUAUGCUGCUCUCAAACAAGCGGACCUCCAAGGCCCAAGUGUUUUCAAUAGUACAACAACGACAUUCCAUUCACAAAAUUCAACUGGGUUUGGGUUAAAUUCAAGUGGAUUCAAUGCUAAUCCUACAAAUUGGAAUCAAGGCGUUCCUCAGCCAAACCAAAAUUUUGCCAUAGGUGGUAUCCAACCUAAUCCAGGCUUUGGUCUUGGCCAACAGCCUGGUCAAGUUAGACCUAAUCAGCAAGGGUUUGGUCUUGGCCAACAGCCUGGCCAAGUUAGACCUAAUCAGCAAUGGUUUGGUCUUGGCCAACAGCCUGGUCAAGUUAGACCUGAUCAGCAAGGGUUUGGUCUUGGCCAACAGCCUGGUCAAGUUAGACCUAAUCAGCAAGG